CUCACUCACUCACUCACUCCCACACUCGUACGUGCACCGCUAUAGCUCCUCUCUCUCACCUCAUCUUCUACACCCGUCCACUGUAUAGCUUGGAAGGUAGCAGCAACUGGGGAACAGCUAGCUAAGCACCGCUGCACCGGUGGCGUGCCGGAAGGAGAAGCAUAUCGGAGGGGAUGCCGACGGUGCGGCGGCGGAACCCGGACGUGCACGUGAAGGCGCUGGAGGGCAUCGUGUCGGCCAACACCUUCCUCACCGUGGCCGUCUUCAUCGGCAUCACGGGCACCAUCACGCCCUCCUCCACCGUCCCGCGGAACUGCGUCGCCGGGGACGACAUCGCCCAAAACUUCUUCCUCUUCGAGAUCCUCUCCUUCGGCUUCUACCUGCUGUCCAGCCUGGUGGCGCAGGGCAUGAAGCUGUCCGUCACGCUGCUGGCCGCCGGCGACGACUUCUACGGCGACGGCGAGCAGAAGCCGGUCAUGACGGACGACUGCGAGGAGAUGCCGGCGUGGCGCGCCGCGGGCCCCCGGGAGCGGCGCCGCGCCGUGCUGCGGUACGCGCGGCCCAUGAUGCUGCUGGCCGCCGCGUGCUCCAUCAUGGGCACCUUCUUCCUGCUGCUCUCCAUGAUCGACGCCAUCCAGCUCAAGUUCGGGAUCCUGUCCUGCAACAUCCCGCUCGCCGUCGGCGCCACCUUCGCGCUCUCCGUGCUCGCCGUCUCCGGCCUGCUCUUCUACGGCUGCACCGUCGGAUACGCGCUCUACAACUACCUGCCGUGACCGCGACCGCUCACCCGCUUGCCCACCCACACCUAACUCUUCUCUGCCUUUGUUUACAGUCUCCUUUUUCACUUUUACAGUGCGCGGUUAAUAUAUAUUCUGGGAUUAGUUUUCUCUUAGUGUAAGAAGUACUCCCUCCGUUUCUAAAUAUUUGUUUUUUUAGAGAUUCAAAUGGACUAUCACAUACGGAUGUAUAUAGACAUAUUUUAGA